UUGAACGUCUCACUCUGGUCCUCAUUGUGCAGCCGAGGAAACGUCGCAAGGUUCCGCCGACGUCGGUAUGAAAUGGCAGAAAGUGCUUGUGUCACGGAAGCUCAAAGAUUAGGUUACGCCGUAGCCACACAUGUAUAUUGCCGGGACCCCGGCCUGUUAGUUUGAGGGCCGCCCAAGUGUCUCCGAAAACGGAUUCAAGCGUUGUUUGGUCUCCAAAACCGCCCAGGUUGUGUCUCCGGCGGACAGCCAGCGAACGGCGACUGCGGGUCGACAGUGUUGGAAUUAUUCGGAGAGGGGUGUUGAACGAUAUCCUCCACUUGGAUGCUCAGCCACAGUCCAAGGCAAAACCAUGAACCGCAACAAGCGUGAAAAGGAGUACUACAGUAUAGAUGUGGGCGACUCAACAUUUAUGGUUUUAAAGCGCUACCAGAAUCUCAGACCCAUUGGAUCCGGAGCACAGGGAAUCGUCUGUUCGGCUUACGACCACAACCUGGAGAGGAACGUCGCCAUCAAAAAGCUGAGCAGACCCUUUCAGAAUCAGACUCAUGCGAAACGAGCCUACAGAGAAUUGGUGCUCAUGAAAUGUGUCAACCACAAGAAUAUAAUCGGUCUAUUAAAUGUAUUCACACCACAGAAGACACUGGAGGAGUUCCAAGAUGUAUAUCUUGUUAUGGAGUUGAUGGACGCCAACCUCUGCCAGGUGAUUCAGAUGGAGCUGGACCACGAGAGGCUGUCUUACUUGCUCUACCAAAUGCUGUGUGGAAUCAAACACCUGCAUGCAGCUGGAAUCAUUCAUAGGGACCUGAAGCCAAGUAACAUUGUGGUCAAGUCAGAUUGUACCCUUAAGAUCCUGGACUUUGGCCUGGCCAGGACUGCUGCCACGGGGCUCCUCAUGACGCCUUAUGUGGUCACCCGUUAUUACCGUGCCCCUGAAGUCAUCCUGGGCAUGGGUUACCAGGCUAACGUUGAUGUCUGGUCUGUUGGCUGCAUCAUGGCUGAAAUGGUCCGGGGUAGUGUGUUGUUUCCUGGCACUGAUCAUAUUGACCAGUGGAAUAAGGUGAUCGAGCAGUUGGGGACCCCGGCUCAGGAGUUCCUGAUGAAACUCAACCAAUCGGUGAGGACCUACGUGGAGAACCGACCGCGCUAUGCCGGCUACAGCUUCGAGAAGCUAUUUCCCGACGUUCUGUUUCCCGCAGACUCUGAACACAACAAACUGAAAGCAAGUCAAGCCAGAGAUUUGCUGUCAAAGAUGCUGGUCAUAGAUGCUUCCAAACGGAUCUCGGUGGACGAGGCCCUUCAGCACUCUUACAUCAACGUGUGGUAUGACCCCACUGAAGUGGAAGCACCGCCACCAGCAAUCACCGACAAGCAGCUGGAUGAGCGGGAGCACACGGUGGAAGAGUGGAAAGAGUUGAUAUACAAAGAAGUCUUGGACUGGGAGGAAAGGACAAAAAAUGGUGUCAUAAGAGGACCGCCAGCGUCCAUCGCACAGGUGCAACAGUGAGCAGCGACCCCCCGCAGCAGCACCAGCACCCCCCCGCUACACGCUCCCCCGCCCAUGUCACCUCCACGUCCACAGAACCCGAUACGGGCGACGCGCUGGGCCGCUGCAGGUGACCAUCUCAUAAUUCUCUUCCGUCUCAAAAGACAGAUUCUUUUUCUGGUUUUUUUUAAAGUUCUUUUGAGUAAACAAUCUCAAGGUAAGAGACAAUUUUAACAAUUUCACUACAACGCGGUUUGUAACGACCCGACUGUGACGACCUAAAUGUGUGUGGAACGCCCGUAUGCUACUGCUCGGGUAAACGUCCAAUGACUUUGUACAGUUUUGACACUAGAUAGUCGGUAGUUAAUGGACACACCCCUCCUGUCUUACACAGUUAGUCAAGGCUUUAGGAGCGAUGUUUUAAGUGGAACCUUCAAAGUGGAACAAAAAGGGGAUCCGAGGUGCCGAUUUCAAAACAAUUUGUCUCCAAUUUGUUUUCACUGGUUCAAUCAGCGCCAUCCUAAAAAUGUAAGUGUAUGGCAAUAUUUGAAAAAUUAGGCCAAAGAAAUGUAAAUGUUGCUUCGGCCAUUUUGUGGAGUCCUGCUGCCAAGGAACUAUGUUGAGGUGAGUUGAGGAGCUUCCUUUCGUCAAUUCUAGUCCUUUGCGGUGACGAUUUCACAUUUUCUUCCGCUUUGGAGGUUCCACCGAAUACGAAUGGAGGGUGUGUAGCUGGACCUACGAUAAGAUGGGUGGAAGUGUUGCACGUGAGAAUGUUUCCGUUGAAAAGGUUAUCAGGAUGUAGAACAUAUGACAAGGCAAGUGAUUUUUAUUUGAAUGAGAAAGUGAAGAAGGAAAAAAAAAAAGUCAUCCCGUUAUUAGUAACUUUUAAUACUGUUGUGUGUUCAUGAUGUCUCUUGGGACAGCUGCGGUUAAAAAGCGAGUAAGUUGCAUGUUUAAACAGCAGCACACCAAAAAAAAUGGAAGAAAACAAACAAUUCUUACUUUAUGCAAUAAUGUUGUCCUUUGAAGUGUUUGUACUCAAGAGAAAAGUGCCUGUUGUACUGUAACAAGUCAUUCAUAUUGUUUUGAAGGCAUCUGAAUAGUUAACAGUAGUUUCCAACUCGAACCACUACUUUGUGUGUGUGGGGUGGCAGGGGGGUGCAUUUGUAUAUUUUUCUACUUUGUUUUCAUUUUGACCCUCGCGAGACACCGUAGGUGACGAUGUGUCUGAGGCAAGCAGUGUCACCAAGGUCUUUCAUCAAAGUUUCGCAAUCAGCAAUACAAUGGGCCCCUUUCCGCAAAAUAUAAGAUAUUAUAUUAAAAUAUAAUAUUAGCCAGGGAGAAAA